UUGAGUUGUGGGCAUCUGUAACUUUCUUCUCACUGGCCUGCUCGACGUUCGUUACUUAAAGUCUUCUCAGAUUCUGCUGCGAAGUUCCCUCUGCUUCUGCUCUUAGAUCUUGAAACUCCGUCUCCGUUCUUUGGUGGCGGGAAGUAUACGCUUCCGGUGAGGAUUCUCAGCUCUGUGCUCUUUUGGGAAGAACUUGGUGUUCGAUUGCUUGUUUUAUUUGGUGGCUGGGAUUGGUUGUUCGAGAGAGAAAAGAGGCCGAGCUGGAGGGUUAGGGUUUCUGCUUAAUGGUAUUUGUUGAAGGGAUUAGUGAUGAGGGGAGUGAACGGUCAUGAUAGCUUGGAAACGGUGGCUGCAGCUGCGAACGCCAUUGCUUCGGCGGGGAGUCGAGUUCAGCCCGGUUCGGUUCGGAGGAGAAGAUGGAAGGCUUGGUUAGACGCAUACUGGUGCUUUGGAUCUCACAGCCAACCAACUCGUAUCAGUCAAUCAGUCCUCGUUCCCGAGCCCACAGAAGACCCCAUUUCACCCACUUUGGCUAACUCAAACCAAUCGUCAGGACUCAUAGUCGCUCCGCCUUCCUCCCCCUCUUCUUUCCUCCACUCAGAGCCUCCCUCCACCAUGCAAUCACCCGCAAAAUUCUUCUCCCUCUCUUCCCUCGCAUCCAACUCCUAUUCUCCUCCACGAUCCUCCAUCUUCGCCAUUGGCCCCUACGCUAAUGACACCAAGUUAGUCUCCCCACCCGUCUUCUCCAACUUCACCACCGAACCCUCCACCGCUCCUUUCACUCCUCCAGAACCCCUGCAGCACACAACUCCAUCUUCGCCGGAGGUUCCAUUCGCGCAGCUCUUGUCUCCAUCAUUCAAUUCCAAUGGCAAAAUAACCGAGCCUUAUGACUUCCAUCCGUAUCAGCUCCAUCCGGGGAGCCCUAUAGGUCACUUAAUUUCACCGGGCUCCAUUUGUUCCGGCACUUCUUCCCCAUUUCCUGAUAUGGAAUUGUAUCCUUCAGUUCAGCCACCUAAGAUUCUGACUGCUCAAGACUUCACUAAGAGCAAGCUUCUCAAUGGCCGAGCUGCAAAAGAUAACGGCUCGAUUCUCGACGGCCGGAUCACGGCAAUUCACCCUUUUCUUGAUGAGAGUGGAUCCAUACUCGCCAACUCCGCUGGAAACUAUGAUGAGGAUGUUGCUUUUGAAUUUACAGCACGGGAGUUCGCUCAGCGCAUGAAAAAGCAACCCGAAACCUCCAUUGAUGUAAUUCCGGUGUCUCCAAUGGAUUUAGGGGAGGCUAUAGCUAAAAGAGAUAAACAUACACCAAAUGGAAUCAGCCACAAUGUGUCUGAGAUUGAAGCAUCCAAGGAAUUCAAGUUUAACGUCGAGACGGAGAAUGGAGACGAUAAAGAACUGGGCAUUCUGCACUCUGGUUCAGCCUGGAGCCAGCUCAAGUUUGGUUUUGUUGAAAGAACUCAUUAAUUGAAUAACCUGCUGCUGUGUAAACUAACUGCUGGUGAUGAAAGUUGAUAGAGAUUGGGGAUUUUGGUCUUGGAAGAUGAAGAUCAUGCUGUAAAUAAGAUUUAAUAUCAUAAUAAGUCUUUUUUUUUUUCUAAUUAAAGGAGGUUCUGCUCUGCUGAUAGCUUCUCUUCCCUUUCCUGAUACUCUGGAUGUGAUAGAAUUAAUCUUGUCUGCCAUACAAAGACAAUUAGGUCCUUUUAUAUAAUUCUUCUGUCAGAUGUUCAUUAAUGUAAAAUUUCGUCUGAAGAUGAAAACUAGAUUGGAUAAUAGGAGUUAUUGAAAUGUUUUCUUCAAGAUUCUGUGGAUUAUAGGGGAAGGUGACAUGCAUGCAUUGUAUAAUUGUUUUGAUUUCUUUUCUUCAGAUGUAUUGAGUGUUAGCUAUCAUUUAAUGCUUUUCAUGUUCAUGUUUUGUUUUCUCAAA